UAAUGGAUAUGAUAAUUUUCUUCUGUAAGAUGACUUUUAAGGGUGUAUUUCCAGUCCCGAAGUUCUCGUGAAUCGUGGUUAGCCUAUGUUCAGGUCCGACUCACGCAACCAGCAAUCCCGAGUGAAUUUGCACUUAUGAUGCCAUAGAUGAUGGUGAUGGAGAACUCGUUUUAAAAAGCUACAGAACAACUGACGUUUAUGUUAUAGACAAACAGUUCCAUACCAUACCCAUACAACUGGUUUGUGGCCGGGACAGUGAAGAUACCUCAAAGUAGACAGAAGGGUGUAAACAUCUGCUUGAAUUACGGAAGUUCACUUCAAUUUUUAGCAACAGCCAGGAGGAAGGAGGAUGUCGAUUGAGACUGAGGCAUUGCUGCAGGAAGCGAAGGAGAGCAUCGAGGCGGCCCAGAACUACAGGAGCGAGCUGCAGCAGCGCCUCCAUGGACUCAGCCAGGCCCGCAAGCAGGUGCGUGGCAGCGCCAGCCAGACGCGCGAGGCCCUGCAGCGGCACUUCCAGGAGCUGCAGGCGGCGGUGGGGCGUCUGCUGACCGAGCGACUGAGCGCGCUCCUGCAGGAGGUGGACGCCAUCGAGCAGGAGAGCGUGAGCCCGCUUGACGACUGCCAGAAGCUCAUCGAGCACGGCAUCAGCACCGCGGACGAGCUGCUCCGAGAGGGUGAGGCGGCGCUCCGUUGUGGCAUCAAUGAGAAGGAGGACAAGCUGGGCAGCUUCACCAAGAAGGCCCUUCAGAUCCAGCUGGACAGUCUCCCGGAGGUACCAGUGCUGGUGGACGUGCCAUGUCUGUCGGCCCAGCUGGACGACUCCCUGCUGCACGCGGUGAGGGAGCGCGUGGCCAGACACGGCAGCGUGGCCUCACACCCCCCCGUCCAGAUCGAGGAGCUGGUGGAGCGGCCUGGCAGUGUGCUGGUGCGCUGGUGCAAGGUGGAUGAGGACUUCAGCCCGCAGGACUACCGCCUGCAGUAUCGGCGUAACACCUCCUCGCAGUACGAGGACGCGUACAUCGGCAAGGAGUCGGAGUUCCUGGUGAUGCACCUGGACCCCCACAUGGACCACCAGUUCCGCGUGUGUGCCAGAGGAGAGGGCCGUACCGAGUGGAGCCCGUGGAGCGUGCCUCAGACUGGCUACACCACCCUCGCUCCACAUGAGUGGUGCCCGGGCACUGAAGGCUUCAUUCUCAGCAGCAGGAAGAACAUCGCCAUGCGCAGCGAGGCCCAGGCCUCCCAGGGCAGAGUCCUCUACUCUAACGCCCCCACCUACUUCUGCGGGCAGACGCUCACCUUCAAAUUCUCCGCGGCAGGGCAGCUGAACAAGCAGGACAGCGUGGGGGUGAGCACGGACAACCAGAGCGGAGCUGCGUCCUUGCAGAGGGACAAGGCCGUGUGCAUUUCCACCAGCGGCGCUGUGUUUGUCAACGGGAAAGAGAUGACCAACCAGCUGCCAGCCAUCACUGUGGGCUCCGCCGUGACCUUCGACAUGGAAGUGGUCAACCUGUUUCCAGUCAGCGCCAACAAUAACCACGACGGGGCCAGCUUCAAGCUUAGGGUUACAAUUGGCUCGGGCAACAGGGAAGUGGUAUUUGAUUGGCUGCUGGAUCAGGCAGUGGAUUGCCUGUAUUUUGGCUGUUCCUUCACGCACCCUGGCUGGAAGGUGCUGGUGUUCUGAUCUGUAGGCACUCCUAGGAACCGGACUGGGACAAGCAGGGUGCACUAAAACAGAAAGCUGGUCUGGUCUGGUCUGCUGGACUGCACUGCCAAACCUGUCCCCUCGACUAAAUGUCCAAAGUUGAGGUAGAUGUCAGUCUUUUGGCUUUGUUUACUGCAUUUUUUACCCACCUUUAGGUAGAUGGUUUGAGGUGUAUUGAAUUGUCUUUUGUUAAGCACGGACAUUUUUCCCUCCGGUCACAAGGGUGAGUGGACCAGCACAUUUAGCUGCUGUUCCAGCCCCACACAAUCCACAGACAGCACAACCGCUCCUCGCCACGUGUUUAAAAGGGCCUGGGCUUGCAUGAUUGUACAGCAAAAACUGCCACCCAUGCAUCUCUUUACGAGCCGGCUUCAGCGCAGUCUUGUCAUUUAGACCAGGUGUAAUCCACUGUGAAGCACCUCUGAAAUAAAAGUAAAAGUUUGUUUCAUUAACUCUCAGUCCAGAGUAGGUUACCGGCCAAGAUUUUUCAUAUGGAAUUAUUUCCAGGUGUUUUUUCCCUUUUUUUUAAUAUUUGUUUUUGAAUUUAUUACUUUUAUUAAAUUUUUUUGCUAUGACAAUCCUAACAGUGUUUUACUUAAGUGUGAACGUUCUCUUCUGUAGUCUUACUAUAAGAUAAAGCUGUUGUAGUUUCCAAUUGAGCUUAACCAUUGAUCCAGUUCAGGUCCAUUUGCCCCCUCAAAUUUGCUGAACGCCUUCCUCAGCAGACAGAUGGUUUGCCCUGUAAUGUACCCCAAUGGUGUAUGACGUGUUCAGUGUGGUCCUGUCUGGUGGCAUGUGAUCCCCUGAAGGACUCUGGGCCUGGCUGUGUGACUCCCAGAGGUACUGGCCAGCAGUUUUCUGUAUGUAUGUUACACAGAUAAUCUCUUAAUGGCUCUUAUCGUCAGGUCCACCGUCAAAUGCAUUUGAAGAGUACGGUGCACACACACUGUAAUCCACUUGGACACCUGAACAACAGCAUCAACCAGUAAGGGACAUAACUCACCAGAUUCUCACCAAGCACCUUGUCCAUGCCAGAUUCUUUAGGGGGGGGGAUACUAAAAGCUGGACAUUAAAAGGAACUAGAUUAUGGUACUGGAUUUUCCACCAUGAAACUAAUAGCUGUUAAACAUGUCACCCUUAGUUCUAAAGUGUUGUGUCAAUCCCAUGUUCAAACUGUGAUGGUUACAUGUUUACCUCAUUCUGUGCCUUCACCAGUACAGUUGGAAGAAUGAGAAAUUGUGAGAUAAUAAAUGAAAAGUUACUUAA